AUGUCCAAAGCAUUUAGUGCACCAGGGAAGGCUCUUUUGGCAGGUGGAUAUUUAGUCCUAGAACCAAUCUAUAAUGCCUAUGUUACAGCAUUAUCUUCAAGAAUGCAUGCAAUAAUUACACCACUUGAAAUAACUACCAAUGACACCGUCAGAAGAAUCAAAAUUUCAUCACCGCAAUUUAUGAAUGGUGUAUGGGAAUACAAUAUCCAAUCAAAUUAUGAACCACCAAAGGAAAUCAAUGGAAGAAAGAAUCCAUUCUUAGAAGCAGUUUUAUUUAUAGUACUAGCAUAUGCUCAACCUACCACCAACUACAAUCUUGAUAUAAUAAUCUAUUCAGAUCCCGGAUAUCAUACUCAACAAGACACCACCAUUAAAACCUCCACCAAUGGAUCCAAAACAUUCUUAUAUCAUUCUCGACCAAUUGAGCAAGUUGAAAAAACCGGAAUGGGUUCUUCGGCAGGAUUGGUCUCAGUAGUAUCAACAGCAUUAUUAUCAUAUUUCAAACCGGAAAUCGUAUCUAAUAAAGAUUAUUUACAUAAUGUUGCUCAAAUUGCUCAUUGUUAUGCCCAAAAGAAAAUAGGAUCCGGAUUUGAUGUUGCUGCAGCUAUAUAUGGUUCUAUUAUCUAUAAACGAUUCCAACCUUCUAUCAUAAAUGAUAUCAUUCAAUUACAUGAAUCAGCUGAACCAGAUGUGUUUGUUAAAAGACUUAAGGAAGUGAUUGAAUCGAAUUGGGAUUUUACUCAUAUUCCAUGUUCAUUACCUCCCAAGAUUAGAUUAUUAAUGGGAGAUAUUAAAGGUGGAUCAGAAACCCCGAAAUUAGUUUCACAGAUUCUUGCAUGGAAGAAAAAUAAACCCGAAGAAAGUAGCGAAGUUUAUAAGAAUUUAGAUGAAGCAAAUAAUCAAUUUAUAGAACAACUUGAAAGAUUACAAUUGUUAUAUAAUCAAGAUGCAGAAACGUAUAUCAAGAAGAUAAAUGAUGACCCAUCAUUUUUAGAACCACUUAAACAAUCAAUUCAAAAUAUGAGACAUCAUUUACAAGAUCUAACCAAAAAAUCUCAAACUCCAGUUGAACCUCCUAUUCAAACAGAAUUAUUAGAUCGUUGUCAAGACAUUAAAGGUUGUUUAGGUGGGAUUGUUCCAGGUGCAGGAGGAUAUGAUGCUAUUUCCAUGUUAGUCUUGGAUGAUUAUAUUGAAACUGUGAAAUCAAUUACUAAUGAUAAUUUGCAAUAUUAUCAUGAAGUAAAUUGGGUUGAUUUACAUGAAGAAAUUGAAGGAUUAAUUAUUGAAAAUAUUGAAAAUUACAUCGGGUUAUAA